AUGGAGAAAAAGUUCGCUCCGUUAAAGAAUGACCGCUUGCUCCGGGCUGCCCGUGGCGAGAAGGUCGACAGACCACCUAUGUGGGUGAUGCGACAAGCCGGUCGAUACCUCCCUGAGUAUCACGAAGCGAAGGGAAAACAUGACUUUUUCGAAUGCUGUCGCUCGCCCGAAAUCGCCUCAACUUUGACCCUCCAGCCCAUCGACCGCUAUGACGGGCUCAUCGACGCGGCCAUCAUCUUCUCAGACAUCCUUGUCAUACCGCAGGCCAUGGGCAUGGACGUAAAAAUGGUAGAUGGAAUUGGGCCGAAAUUCCCAGAUCCUCUACGCUCGCCGUCAGACAAACAGUACCAAGAGAUAGUCAAGAAGAAAGUGGAUGUCGCAAAAGAGCUGGACUACGUCUACAAGGCAAUCACUAUGACACGCAACAAACUCGCCGGUCGGGUUCCUCUAUACGGAUUUUGUGGCGCACCAUGGACAUUACUGUGCUACAUGGUUGAGGGCGGCGGCACGAAGCUUUUCAGGGAGGCAAAGACUUGGGUCUACAAGUACUCCGAGGAGAGUAAGGUGAUGCUCAGAAAGAUAUCGGAGAUUUGCGUGGAACAUCUCGCGUUGCAAGUAGUCGCAGGAGCACAAAUCAUCCAAGUAUUCGACUCAUGGGCUGGAGAAUUGUCACCCAUAUCUUUCAAAGAAUUUGCCCUUCCAGAGUUGCGGUACAUUUCGGAAAAUCUCCCAAAGAGGCUUCGAGAAAUGGGUGAGGAGGUGGUGCCCAUGGUUGUCUUCGCAAAGGGCGCAUGGUAUGCUCUCGACGAACUGUGCGAUUCUGGCUACAAUGUCGUUGGUCUCGACUGGCUGCACGAUCCUGCAGAGGCUGUGCGGACAGCCCGUGGACGGGUGACUCUGCAAGGCAAUGCUGAUCCUGGGGUCCUCUACGGCGAGCACACUGCGAUUACGUCGGUCGUUGAGAACAUGGUUCGAGGAUUUGGUGGUGGACAAGAACGAUGGAUCGUCAACCUCGGUCAUGGUAUCACACCGGGCGUCAACCCGGACAACUUGAAGUUUUUCUUCGAAGAGGUGCACAGGUGCACCGGCGCAAAGAAGGCUGAAUUAUAG